CUAUUUCAUGUUAUAUAGGUAUACGUACAUGAACAGAAGGUAAUUAAGAAUUAUGACUUGGUGGGUGAAUGUGCCGUAUAAUAUAAAGAUUCUCAAGGAUUUAGUAGAAAAAGGAGCUGACAUAAAUAGUGUAAAUGAAUUUGGUGAAACUCUUCUUCACUUCGCUGUAAGUUCUCAAUAUGUGAAAUUCACAAAAUAUUUGAUUGAACAUGGCGCUGUAGUAAACUGUCAAGAUAAUCGUGGCAAAACAGUUCUUCAUAAUGCUGCAGAUUUUCAGACACUCGAGAUCGUCCAGUAUUUAGUUGAACAUGGUGCUGAUGUAAAUUGUAAAGACAAAGACGGCAGAACAGCUCUAUUCAAUGCUGCACAGGUAUAUGCACUCGACAUCAUCGAGUAUUUGGUUGAACAUGGUGCCGAUGUUAAUUGUAAAGAUAAAGACCGCGGCAAAACAGUUCUUCACAGCGUUGUAGUGUCCCAUGGACUCCACGUCGUGGAGUAUUUGGUUGAGCGUGGUGUUGAUAUCAAUUGUAAAGAUAAUGACGACAAAACAGCUCUUCACUUUGCUCUACAAUAUCGUUCACCAAAUGUCGUCAAAUAUUUAGUUGAACACGAUGCUGAUGUCAGUUGCAAAGAUAAAAAUGGCAAAACAGUUCUUCAUUAUGCUGUAGAGUCUUGUUUACCAGGCAUCAUCAUGUAUUUAGUUGAACAUGGUGCGGAUGGUAAUUGUAAAGAUGCAGAAGAUAGAUCAGUUCUUCAUACUGCUGUGCGAGCUGAAUCAUUAGACAAUGUCAAAUAUUUAGUUGAAGACUGUGGUGCUGUGGUUAAUUGCAAAGAUAAAGAUGGCGAAACAGUUCUUUUUGGUGCGGUAGCUCAUUGUUCACCAGACAUGGUGAAGUAUUUAGUUGAGCAUGGUGCUGAUGUCAAUUGUAAAAAUAAAGAUGGCAGAACAGUUCUUCACCUGGGUGUCGCUUAUCAUUCACUAGGCAUUGUCAUGUAUUUAGUUGAACAUGGCGCUGAUGCUAAUUGUAAAGAUGCACAAGGUAGAUCAGUUCUUCAUACUGCUGUCCAAGUUGAAUCGUUAGAGAAUGUGAAAUAUUUAGUUGAAUAUUGUAGUGCUGAGGUCAACUGUAAAGAUAAUUAUGGCGAAACAGUUCUGCAGAGUGCUGUAGAUACUGACUCACUAGACAUUGUCAAGUGUUUAGUUGCACAUGGUGCUGAUGUCACUUGCAAAAGUGAACACGGCAUGUCAACUAAUAGCGAUACUUUUACUCAUAGUGGUAACGAAACUCAAGAUAAAAGUACAACCGACGUAAAUGGUCUUGGUAAUGACAUUUUAAAGAUGGCUGUCUUCGGAAAUUCUGUUCAUUUGGUAGAGCUUCUUAUACAAAAGGGCAUAGAUGUAACGAAAGCUGAAGAGGUACUUGUUGAAGGAAGACAAACUAGUCUUAUUGCAUGGAGUAGUUACCAUGGUCAUCACGAGAUUACACAUAUUCUCAAAAUCCAAUUAAAAAAAUCUGUAAAACAUCGCGACAAAAUUCAGAUGUUGAAAACAAUGAAAUGCAACCAAUUGAACAAGGUAAUAAACGUGUAUUCGGAUUUCUUAGCAUGUGUUCCACAUCAUUAACUACUUUAAUAACGGUUGUGGUGUAUUAAUUCACGGUAACAUGUCUAAAAUAUGAAACCGAGGUAUUUGUAUAUAACGGAGCAAAUGCGUAGUCAAUACAGUAGUAUCGAAGUUUAAUAUUUACGCUCGGGCUUAUGCGGUUUUCAUUAUACGGCACUCUUGAUUAUUAAUCUCGGCUUUACACUUUAUACUUCUUUCUCGCCAUGUAUUUUAUUGACCUGUGCUCGUUCACCUUCACAGCUCUCUUAAAGCGUGUUACGCUACAAAACUAUAUCUGACCUUCUCCAGAUCAUUUUUGUUUGUUUGUUUGUUUGUUUGUUUGUUUGUUUGUUUGUUUGUUUGUUUGUUUGUUUGUUUGUUUGUUUGUUUGUUUGCUUGCUUGCUUGCUUGCUCGCUUGUUUGCUUGUUUGCUUGUUUUUUGUUUGUUUUGUUGGCUUUCUUGAUAAAUUUAUCGCGUUUACAUAUUCUUUUACCAUAGAUGGAAGUGCCAAUACACGCUUUUGUAGCAAACAGUGAAUUUAAAAUUGGAAAAGGUUCCAGUGCCACGUGUGUCUAUGUUGGUGUCAUGAAGGAUGGCAGUGAAGUCGCUGUGAAGAGAAUAUUGACACAAUCUGGUGAGGAUACAGCAGAGAACGAGAGGGAAAUCUUGAGUCUUAUUGACACAACCAAGUCACCAUAUAUAGUAAGCUAUCGACAUUGUCUCCACGAUGACAUCUUCACGUACCUUAUUGUUGAUCUCUGUGAAGAAACCUUGAACGAACAUGUUCAUUCACAAACGACUGAAUACUUACGAAAGUAUGGUCCAAGAAUAAUUAAAGAAGUAUUAACUGGACUUAAAUUUCUUCAUGAGGAAGGAAUUUUGCAUAGAGACCUGAAGCCCACAAAUAUCCUGGUUGAUAGCCAAGGUCACAUGAGAUUGGCGGACUUUGGAAUCAGUCGCGUUCUAAAUGAAGAUGAAACUACAGUUGAAACUGAUGCUAAAGGAACUGGUGGUUGGAUGCCUGCGGAAGUAAUUAAAGCAAUAAAAUGUGGAGGAAAGAGUCAUUUCAAAAAGAAAUCUGAUGUGCAGGUUGCAGGUAUGAUCGCUUACUUCCUUUUAACCAAAGGAGAACAUCCUUUUGGUUCUUCUCUUGAUCGAAUGAAAAAUAUUUUGAAUGGUAAUCCAGUGAACUUGAAGAAACUUGAUUAUCGUAGUGCUCGAAAGUUUGUUUCCUGGCUGAUCAGUCAUAAGAUUGAUGACAGACCAUAUGCUCACGAAGCGCUGACGCAUCCUUUUGUCGUUAGAGAAGUAUGUAUGUCCCAUUAGUAUAACUAUUAAAUUAACUGAUUAACAUACAUUAUCACAUUAUUUUUAUUCAGAAAUUGACAAUUCUAUUAAAAGCACUAAUCUUUUACUAUGAUUUUGUGAUUGGAACGUUAGGCCUAAUGCAUAUCGACGUACCUGACGUACUUUCCAGAAGGGUGUAUUUGCAAUACAUAACUAUAGUGCUAACACGCAUGGAUAUAUAAACAAUUUCAUAAUAUAUAAACACUCCCGUCGUGUUUUUCGUACGUAUAGAGGUUGUGAGUUUUGACCUUCAGAAGACAACCUUAACUGCAUGAAUUGGCUGUAAAUAAAUGUAAAAUAUUGACACUUGAAACUUUCAUGAAUUCACGAAGCCCUUCAACGUUAGUUCAAGAUGCCCCCCAAAAGGCUGACAUUUACCCACAUAAGCCUUACCAUGGCAUCACCUUAGCAUAUGUGCAUGCCUGGAUUUGCUGUUACAGUUUGGCUCGACAACUCUGUAGCUCAGUUCACAGAAUAAAGAAGACACAGCAAAACGUCACUCAAGUCGGUUCCCUUGUUUUACGUCCACGAAAAUUUUAACUCGCCCACGCCAUCCUGGCUAGUACAACCGGAAGUUUUUAUCAGGUUUUGGUAGGUACAAAGUGCCGGUUGUACUAGCCAGGAUGGCGUGAUUGAUGACGAAUCGCUUGUAAAAACGCGGACAAAUACUUGCUUGAGCGACGCUUCUGCUGUACCUUCUUAUUCUGUGCCCAGUUGGCCCUAGUUAGAGUUUAUUCAAAAUAUAUAAAUGAAAAUUUCAAUCUAUGAAAUAUUUUAGUUCAACCGAGUGCCAUGCCCGAAAUAUUUAGUAAAUAUACAUGAACUUCCAGUUUGAGCUCGACAACUGGACUCUGCAGCUUAAUAGCGCGUUUGCGCUAUUAGUCAUGCAACUAAACCCAAGUUACCAAACAUAGACGUUAUAUAUGAUAUAUUUAUGUUAUGUUCAUGUCACUAUGUGUCUAUACUGUCGUUAGAUAUGUACAUGCUUGCGAUCUGCGAGUAUACAAAGUGUUCGUUGAUUGUUGCCCGCUCUAACUCUAUAAGAAAAAUAUUCGCACUUCACAAAACAUUUCCCCGUUCACACAAUAUGCAAUUGUUGUAAAGAUAAAAUAUCCUAGUAGGCUAAAUAAUUAGGUAAGCGUAUAAUACUUCAUGUAAAUCGCAUUUGAUCAUAUCUACAUGUAAAUUUGCGCUAUACACGUAAGUGUGAGUUACAAGAUUUUAGUAUAGUAUUAUAAAAACUAUUAAUCCAAUGUAAUUGUAGGGGAAAGUGAGAUUAGAAUACCACAAUUAACUCGCGAGUGGAUGUGACUAUAUUCGAUUUAAGCGUUUAAAUAUAUUGGAACCUAUAAGAUUAUGUAUCAAAACACCUUAAUAAAUCAUUGUCAUUUAAUUGGUUGACCAUGAUAAUCACCUGGUAAUGAGUAGAAGUUCCAUUCCACUGUCUGUUUUUCAAUUCACGCAACCUUGCUGUUUCUUGAACUGUUUUGAGUAUUAUAUGUUUAUAUGUGCAAUGUGGCGUAGAUAUUGUUUUAUAUUAUACAAAUAAUGAAUGUUUAUGAGUGCAAUGGUAAAAAUAUUUUCAUGGAAUGGAAAAUUUCAUCUUUCACCGAAUGAAAAUAAUUUAAUAUUGCUCGAUUGAAGACAUUCGUAAUUACUUUUAUUGACACCAAAAUACUUACAAUAGAUGCAUUUUAUCGAUUUUUAUAGGUGAAUUAAAUACAUAUCUCUGUUACAUGUGCAUCAGUUGUUAAAAAAAUAUUGAAAUCCAAUAAAAAAGUGCCAGAAAAUAUUUUGGUACUUUUGGUGAAGAAUUAAUAUGAUAAUGUGUGCGAAGAAUUAAUAUGAUAAUGGUUGUAAUUUAUCGUAAAUAUUAUAUUUUUACACCCAGUGGCGUGUAUAUCAGGGGGCCCCCGGUUUAAAAUUUUCGAAGGCCACCCGAGUAGAAGUGCAAAAGGCACGAGUCGAGCGUCGUAUAUGCACGAGUUUUAUAUGGGGCCCAGGGCAUGCUAGCGUGGAAAAUUUUUGAAUGUAGACUCUCUGAAAUGCCAUUUCCCGGACUUUGGGGAGAGAUUGUACAAAAUUCGGAUGGUCAUAAAAUGACAUUGUAACAUAUCAGAGGUCCUGGCUAAUGUUUUCGCUCUACAGCCUGAGCCUGGAGGCCCCCAUUUGGCCCAUUGGGGUUGGGGGCCCCCGCGCUCUCCCCAUCGAGCCCAUUGUAGUUACGCCACUGUUUACACCAUCCAUAUUUUUUUUUCGCAUGCAUGCACGCACGAGUUUAUGUAUGUGAAUUUAAUUGCAUCGGUAUCAAAAUGAUAAUGGUUAAAUGAGCUACAUACGAUUACAAUGCGAAUAGGAUUUUGAAUUAUUGAAUUUUACUAAAACCUUACCGAGUAAUGGAAUGUAUUCCAAUGCACGCUCAGCAAAAUGGUAAUUUUUAUUCCAUAUCACGUUAUCACAAUCAGCCAAUUAAAUGACCAUAAUUUAGGUGUUAUAUAAAUAGCUAUAUACAUGUAUCCAAAAUAAAAAGAAAUUUUGAAAAAGCGUAAAGGAUUUUAUUCAAUAUAUCAUUUGGAUUUUUUCACAUAGAUGUGCAAUUAGAAUAGUUAGAAUUCGUUUAGUAUAGGUAAUCACACGGGAAGGAGUGCAAUUAAUUAUUGACACAAAAAGCUACUCCAGCCUAGUCCCAGUUGUUCUGAAGCAAGCGCGAGAAAAAACGUGGAUGUAGUACAAGACUGGGACCUAGGUGUGGCGUCACCGCUAAAGGUUCUUCAGAACGCCUAGCAGAUUUCAGUAUUUUUAAUAUGGCGAAACAUUUAUAUAUACAAAUAACCUUGUAAAUAUAGUCUUCGUUGAUCAUGUUCGAUGUCUACAUAACCAAAUUAAAACUGUACUAAAAAUGUGCUCAAUUAAAAAAAUU